UAUGUUAUCUAUUUUUGCUUUCCCUCUUCAGCGAGAAACUGUUGCUGACAUGGGCUUGCCAUAGAUUCGAUUCACCCGUCUGGACAGGGCUACGCUCGCAUCGGUGAAGGAGAAAAUCAACCCACGAACGGAGGGGAUGCAUCAAUAAAGCCUACGAGCUAGGUGCUUCAAUAUACCCAUUGUACUACCACCAAUCAUCUGAUCUGAGAUAUACCUGCCUUCAUACCUAAUUAUUCAUGAGCUUGAUCAUCAUGGCUCCCGUUUUGAGUCGCUGUUCGCACCUUCCCAUUCCGUGCACAGCAGCUAGCAAGUUACCCUCCCAGCACCUUCAGUUUCAGAACACCAGAACCAAGCAUCCUAAUCACCAGCUUCUUGUAUGUCCUAUCUAUGCAAGUUUCAUCACAGCUACAAACAAGCCCUGUGGCAAUUGUCGUCCUGCCUCUCAAAAGUCCACCCACAGCAAUAUCCGAACCAGUCACCGCAAACCCACCGAUAUAAGCCUUCCUGACACUCACAAUGCGCGCCACCCUCAAUGAGAAGCGAACAUUUCCCCCGUCCAACUACAAGACAA